AUGGAACGACCCUCAGACGAGGCGGAGACGACGCCGCGGCUGGUUCGGUCGCUCGCGGACGAUAACGUCCGCGCGGUGAGCGUUCACGCCGGCGACGCGCACUCCGCGUGCGUGGACGAGGACGGUACGCUGUACGUGUGGGGAAGCAACCGGUAUAACCAGCUCGGAUUAGGCGGGAAGGAGAAUCACCCGCGAGGGGGCGACGCGUUCGUGACGACGCCGACGACGGUGCCGAGGCUGCCGCGCGUGGGGUCGUUCGCGUGCGGCGGCUCCUUCUCCGUCGCCGCGAACCGGCACGGCGCCGGGUUGAAGUCUUGGGGCGCGAACGGCAGCGGCGAGCUCGGGGAGGGGCACGACGCUGGGAACGAGAGCCGCGCGGCGCCGAGGGCGGUGGACACGUCGAGCGUGAAGGGCAGCGCGGAUUUCGUUCGCGUCUCCGCGGGGUGGCGGCACGCCGCCGCGAUCGCGACGGACGGCGGCGUGUACACGUGGGGGUGGGGCGGCAGCGCGGGGCAGCACCACGACGACGCGUUUUCCACGGGCGGACAGCUGUGUCUCGGCGUGGACAACGACUUUUGGGAGCCUUUCCCGGUGCCGGAUUUCACAAGACGCGGCGACGGCGGGAGACGACUCCUCGCCGCGAAGGACGUGUCGUGCGGGUUCAACCACACCGUCGUCCUCGUGGACGACGGCGCGGGGUGAGGUACAGUAGCCCGGGCGCGCGAGUCGACGCGCGGUGCCGCGCUGCAUCGCGCGGAAGCGCGACGUUCGAUGAUUAGGUACGUACCUAUAAGAUAGAACAACUACUGUAUCACGAGUUCAACUCCGUCGACGGCG